UUCAACCAAGGUGACGCACAAAUUACGUAUUAUUUCAUUACAUGGUGAUAUUCAUUUUUAAUUCGCGCGUGUAUAGAAUUAAUAGCAGUAGCCAAUAUUUGUGUCUGUGAUAGCGAAACAAUCUAGUGUGUUUUACAGCAAACCAAUACGUACCAGUUGGCCUGUUUGGAGUUAGUGUUGAAAUAACGUAUCCGUGCUUUUAGCAAGCGACACCACACCAGAGCACAACAAUGAAACCUCAGCCAGAAGCGAUGGACGAACAGCCGUCGAAAAUAUUUAUCAAUCCAAAGUUUGCUAAAGCACACAUUAACCCGAUGUUUUUAGCAUCCAAUGGUUCGUUCAGACAGCCGGAAGUGCAGCAAGUCGUGCCAGCGUCCCACCAGAGCAAGAUACACCUGAAUCCUGCCUUUCUGGACAAGCUCGGAAUUCAACAGGUAAUGCCAUCAACAACAACAGCAGCAGCACCAGCAGCACUUCCAGCAGUACCUAACGUGCCCCAGCCACAGCCACUGGUGUCACAUUCGUUUGCUCCUUGCAAACCCGCAUUUACAGGGACUGUUAAUCCGAUAAUUAAAAAUACAAGAAGAAAACUCGUUCGUGCCUCCACCGUCAGUCUACCGAGUGACGCAUCGACUGCUACUGCGAUGGUAAAAUCAGUUGCUAAGGAGAUGCUACCGUCGAGCAAUGUGCAUCCACCAAAGAUUCUUGCCCCACUGGUUAGGAUAGGGAAGAACAAACUGAUCCGCAGCGCGGUACCUACGGCUGCGAGGCCGGAAAUUGUGAAACCGAGGGUGCUAAUGAAUGCCCUACCGGAAAGGAAAAGUCUCCGAAUCGAUCGAAGGUUACCAGCAGUAAGAAAAUCCCUCACCCAGAAGCCCACGUUCGUGAAACGUUAUGCCUUGUCGAGGAUAGAUGGCAUCACACCGAAAAAGGUGGUCGUAACCGAUCCGAAGUUGUUGAAAUUGAAACGUAACCCAACCGCGGUAAAGUUUCACGAAAAGUCCGCAACGGGUAAGAUGGGAACGAUUGCUUACGCGUCGAAAAACAAGCAGCUUGUACUGGUCAAUAUCAACGGGGUGCUUUAUCGGUCCUCGACGAACAAGCUGCAAAAAUCUGUAUCCCGUUCGGCAACAGCACCAUCAUCAUCAUCCGUCAUUGGACAUUCGCCGGCAAAACCGGCGCGCAAAACCAAAGAACACUUUUUGAUCAUAAGAGGCGUCCGCUUCGCCCUGGACCGUACCGGGAUGAAGCUGCGCUCCGUUGGCGGCACCUCACCGCCCACGCCAAUAACAGGCUCCAGAGGCUAUGCCGAACCACGGCUAAACCGUAUCGACAUCGGAGGACUUACGUACAAAGCGCGCAAGGAUGGAACGUUCAUCCGGACGGAUAGCCACCGGACGCGCAACCAUCUGAGCGUGGCCAAGCAGCGCAGCAUACAGGUGCUGACGAGCAAGCUGAAGAAAUGUAACGAACCGUGCCAUAUUUACCGCCGGCUAGGUAAAUGCCUGGCCCACCAGCGGGGCAAAUGUCCGAAGGUGCACGAUCCGAAGCACGUUAGCAUCUGUCAGCGGUUUUUGCGCGGCGAAUGCCUACUCGACGGAUGUUUGCUGUCGCACGACAUUACCUCGCUGGAGAAGAUGCCCGUGUGCCGGUUCUUCCUCGAGGGGCGGUGCGUGCGUGAUCCGUGCCCGUAUCUGCACAAGAAAGUGAGCGAAAGUGUGCGCAUUUGUGAUGCAUUUCUGAACGGGUUCUGCUCACUGGCUGACAAGUGUCCCAAUCGGCACGUGUUUCAGUGCCCUACGUUUGAGCAGGAAGGUAAAUGCGACCGUGCCCGUUGUCCCUAUCCGCAUGGGAAGAAAGAGAGCAGAAAGAAGCAGGACAAACCUUCCACUUCGAUGGUGUCGCACAAAUCGGAACCCAAGGAACCUGCGACGGUGCCACAUGUUCGGUACUACAAGGACGAAAGGCAAUCACUAACGGUAGAAACCGAACACCGCAGCGAAACGGGUGAGUUGAUGAGUGCUAGUGAACGUAACCAGUUGAAGCGUAUGCUUGGUGAAGUGGACAAAAUGAAGCAACGGUAUCGUGAGAAUGAUGACGACAGUAUGGCGACAGAAAACCGUCCCGCGGAAGGUAACGAACAAAUUGUAAGUAUGCCCGAAACUGCCCCGACGUUGACCGGCGGUGACCGUUCCGAUGCGUGCUACUCGCCAUCGGAACCUACACCGGACGAUCCAAAGAACGACAGUGAUGGCGUGGAGGAAGUCGGGGAGGAAGAUACAAGACCUCCGGCAUUGCGUCGGAAAGCGCUCGGUCCGCUGCCGGCGUUUAUUCCAAUUUGAGUCACACAGGUCAAAAUACCCAAUAAGAAAAGAAAAUAACGUUUGAACCCAAAAAUCGAAAGCUAAAUAGAGAGAUAGCUGUUGAGAGAGAUGAAACAAAAAAAUGCCACAAAAAGUUGCUAUUAAGUUAAUCAAUAAUUAAAAAGUAUAUGAACGUGUUUUGAAAAAUGACGAAAUAAAAGAUGAUAGUUAAAUGGUUAAAAGUAC